AUGGGAAGGCCUGACCUCACAGAGAUAUCACGAUUCUUGAUGUCAAAUCUUGACGACCCGGAUGUCCAGGAGCUAUUCCAACACGCCAAUGAAGACCUGGCCAAACUAGACCAAACCACACCCAAUCUAAGCGAAGUGAACUAUGCAUCCCUUCCUAUCGAACAUGAGACUGUCUGGAUCAUCAACAUGCAGUUUGGCGGAAUGAAGACAGCCACAGGGGAGCUGCUACGCGACGACCACCCGGCUCACGUCAAGGAGCGUGCGUACCAGUCUUUCGACCUGCACGCCUGGAAUUGUCGUGGGGAAGGUUCUAGGCCGGACCUCUAUCGUUACAUGCAAAACUAUGAUCGGACGCCGCCGAACUCUAAACAGGUCGAGGAAUUCAUUAAACUAGCGAUGGCCCAUCCUCACCCAAUAUUUAAACCUGCUCUCCCUCAUCUCCUCAUCUUAUCAGCCAAUCUUAGCCAUCACAAGCAGGCACUCAAACCGUUUCUAGAUUCCUUACCUGCGCCGUUCAAAUGGAAAGAUACUCCAGCUGAAAUUGAAGACACCAUCAGGGAUAUGGUGUACGAGAACGGAAAGGAGCUAUUUAAUCAAUAUGUUGCAAGUGCCAAAGAGAACAAGGCAUCUGGAAACAGCGCUUACGCGGCCAAGAAUCGCGAGGCUGCUGUCGCCUUCUUCGAGGACGCUAUCAAGUAUCUGGACAGAGCAUUCCGUAGGUACACACCAGCGACGGAGGCCAUCAAGCAGGACGCAAUGAAGCUCAAAGUCGUAUGCCAUGCGAACUGCUCUGCUGCUAGGUUAAUGGGAGGUAACACCAGCCAGGAAAACGCAGAGAAGGCAGUUGACGAUGCCGAAGAUGCGAUCCUUUUGGACACAUUCUAUGUUAAAGGAUAUAUGCGCCUGGCGCGGGCUUACCAGGCUCUCGGGCAGCGUUCUGAUGCCGAAGAAGCUGUUGCGCGAGCUUUGCGCUUGAAAGAGAUGGAGAACGACGAAGGUCUCGUCGACCUUCUGAUAUCCAUUCAAACUUGUGGGAAAGGAUUACCAGCCCCUGGAACUGAGCUAGCAAAGGAGUGGGUUUCAGUAACAUUCUCGGACGACUCGGAGAGGGCGGAGCGCAUGAAAUCCGUGAACGGUCUUUGGCGCAAACGGUGCGAGGCGCAUAUGAAGGAGAUCCAGGGUUCGUCGUAUUAA